AUGCUAGACUACAUUGAAAAGUCAUCCGAUGACGUAAAGGCAUACCAUUGCAUGGAGGAGUUCUAUUCGUUGACGCUUGAAUCGUUCCAGAAUACCAACAACGAACGUCUCUGGCUGAAGACAAACAUAAAGCUUGCAAAGCUUUGGUUGGAUAAGAAGGAAUAUGCGCAACUUAGCAGGAAGCUUAAAGAGCUCCACAAGGCCUGCCAACGGUCGGACGGAACUGAUGAUCCAUCCAAGGGAACCUAUUCGCUGGAGAUAUACGCCCUGGAGAUCCAAAUGUAUGCCAAUACCAAGAAUAAUAAGAGGCUGAAGGCGCUAUACCAAAGGGCGCUCAAAGUUAGGUCUGCUGUUCCGCAUCCAAAAAUCAUGGGUAUUAUACGUGAGUGCGGCGGCAAAAUGCAUAUGAGCGAAGAGAAUUGGAAGGAAGCUCACAGCGACUUCUUUGAAUCAUUCCGCAACUACGACGAAGCCGGAUCGAUGCAACGCAUCCAGGUGUUGAAGUAUAUGGUUCUAGCCACAAUGCUGAUGAAGUCGGAUAUCAACCCGUUCGACUCACAAGAGACGAAGCCAUAUAAAGAUGAUCCUCGAGUUUCUGGCAUGACUGACCUUGUAGAUGCCUUCCAGCGCGAUGACAUCCAUGCCUACGAGGCAGUCCUCCGGAACAAGCCAGAUCUUUUAGAGGACCACUUCAUCGCUGAAAACAUCGGUGAAGUCAGCCGUAACAUGCGCACCAAGGCCGUUGUGAAACUCAUCCAGCCCUACACUCGCUUCACCCUUGCAUUUGUCUCCAAGAAGCUCAAAAUCUCGGUUACGGAAGUCCAAGACAUCCUCAGUUUCCUGAUUCUCGAUGGAGAGCUCGCUGAUGCAAAAAUAAACGAAGAAGACGGCAUUGUGGAAAUCACCCGAAGAUGCGAUAUUGACAAGGAGCGCUCCAACGCCCUGCUAUUAUGGAACAAUAACCUUAGAAUGCUCUAUGAUUCAACCUUCAGCCAGGCCGAAGGAUUCAGGCCCGAAAAUGUCCACAACAUGCACCCCUUGAUGGGAGGUUUUGGUGGAAUGAGAUACGCCAAUCUUUAUUCCCAUGAAUCGACCAUAUCGGGCACAAGCUUUGGAAUGGGAGAAAGGUCAUUCAAAUUUCCAAAAGGGAAAACGGGUCGAUCUUCCUGGGGCAAGCUUACGUCUUAA